GCCCCACCAACACCCGGAGCCCCGGACGUGGGCCCUGGCUUUGACUUUCAGUCGCACCUGGAAGCGACCAUCUCUGGCGAACAGCUGGGGUAUUUGUUUGCAUCUUCCGAUUUCAAGGACUACGGACAAGGGAAGCAGCUGACCAUCUCAGUAGACGAGGCUGCAGCAGGCGCCCUGUAUGCGGCCGCCAUGGGCAUUGGCUACGGCGCCACAGCUCCUGUUCCGCAGUUGACCUCGCAGAUAGCCUCGGACCCAAUGGCAUGCCAAAUUCUUUGGCAUAAAGAUGGGACGCCCGGUGCGAAUCCGAGCUGGCAACAAGCGAACUUUUAUGGUCACCAGAACAGCAAUCAGCUAAGUUUGCCCCACUUGGCUCAGCAGAAUCAGUGGCAGCACGACCCGUAUGCGCGGUACAACCCGCAGUAUCAGAACCAUCUGGCCUACCAGCAGUACUUCCGCAACCAGGAGCGGCCACUCUCCUCGAGAAGGGGAGCGGCUAGGGCAAAACGGGACAACGCCCGCGAGCUGCCUUCAGAUGAGGAGCAGAAAGAGGACAAGAAGGCCUCGGGUGAGGCUUCGCCGCAGGAUGGGCCCAAGAAGUCUUCGGGCAAGCACAAAGCCUCUUCCCAUGCUCGGGCCCCGAAGAAGCCCAAAGUUUUAAGUGACCUCCUCGUUGUCUCUACCCGUCCGGGGGAGCCAGGAGACCGGGCUAUCCUGGAGUGCACGGCACCAGAAUCCGCCUCCCAGUCCAGUGAGGAGGACCCCGGGACGCCCCGUCGGAAGACCUUGCUGCAGCCUGUUCAGAUGAGCAAUAUCAGCCAGGUCAUGUUUGACGAAGACCUCUUUGAGGACGAAGAAGAAGAGGACAAAGAGUCCGACGAAGUUGUGGUCGUGGAAGACAAGCCGAGCAUCUCCCACAAGCAAGCGCAGUCAGCUCAUCUGCUGGCAAGCCUGCAGCGUAUGGGUGAGCAACGAGGUGCCACGGCUCCAGCGGCUCAGUUGCCUCCGAAGCCUUUAACAGCAAGCCCUCCGCACCGGCUUCGGCCGAAAACCAGCCCUUUCGUCGGCAAGGCACCUCAAAGACCACACAAGGGUUACCGCUGCUAUGGAUCUGUGACAUCCCGGCCCACGACCGUUGGCUCAGCCACGGCCUCUGACCACCUCUGGACCCGGCCAGGCACGGUCGAGACGAAAUCGAAGACUCCUGCAGAGACCGAGCAGGCACCCUCGAGACCUGACUGGGACACGUCCUUCUACAGCAUGCACCAGCGCCGCAUCCCUACCUACGAUGCACUCAUCGAUGAGAACUGCCCCGUGUUGAGCAGCCCCGCCAGGCUGAGGCAGAUUAUCGAGACCCGGGAGCUCCCCGAUGCGUAUCUGCACAUCGUCCGCGCCCGUUUUGAGCAGCAUCGGCAGAUGUUUGACCGGGAUGGCCGGCUUGGCGAGCGAAGUCGUCCAGAGCCUUGCGCAGUGCCGCAGGAGCCACCCCGAUACCCGGACCGCCUCGUCGAACGCAUGGUCUCCGGCUUUGACGCCGAAGGGGUCGACACCAAGGUGAAGCCUCCGGCCAUUAGUUUGGACGCUCUUUGCCAGGAGUAUCCACCGGCAAAGCCACUUGGGCAGCCUUCGCAUCAGAUUCUGUGCAGCUCGGAGUGGCAGAACUCAGCGCUGCACGAUGAAAUUGUGGAUUGUGGUGACGAAGUUCCGCCGGCAGUGGACCUCGAAGACCUCGAGGUCACCGAGCAAGGAACGCUGGUACCGAGUUGGAAGAAGGUGGAGGGCGAAGUGAAGCUGCUGUGGCAUAGGCUGCAGAUACCGCUGGACCUGCGGACGAGCCUGAACGAUGGAGCGCUAGCAAGCGUCACUCCAGGAAACCUCUACCAGAUCCAGGCCCAUUUGAAGAGGCUUCAGAGCUUUGAGAUCUCCACGCGGAAGCUCAUCAGCAAGUGGCUUACACGAGAGAAGCUCUUGGAACAGAUCUGUACUUCCCAUGCUUUGGGUGUGAACGACAACCGGCUGGUCUCGCUGAAGGCCAAUGUCCAAAAGCUGGACAAGAUCAGCUCUUCGCUGGUGUCUGAGAUUGGCAUCUGGGGCCGUCGAUUCGCGGAUUUCGUGGUCGACGCUUCCAGGGACCCACUGGCCCCGACCACGCUGCCGAAGCCACGACCGAUCUUUGUUUGGGGCGGCCGUGAUGCGAUCGAAAGGAUCCAGAGCGACGCAGAGCGGUUGGUUCGCGGCGACAUGUCUGUUUUCCAUCAGCCGCAGCAGAGAGACGACGAGGCCUCGAAGCAUGCAGGCUCGGAUUUAGAAGGUGAUCACAGCCUGUCCCAGCGCUUCAAGGACUGGGGCUUCGCAAGCUCAACCAGCCGAUAUGCCAAGGGAUCCAAGUCGCAGAAGGCAUCUUCGGCGGGCCUGCCAACGUGCACUUUGGCAGCAGCCACGGUCUCUGCACAGAGCUUCAAGGUCACAGACGUGCUUUUCGAAGGUCCUGCGCCGUCUUGGUAUCGAGCCAAGGUGGCCAAAGCCGGGAUCAAGGCGCUGAAGCGGGGCUUACCGUGUGGUGGCGGAGACAAGAGGAUGUGA